ACAAUCGAGCAGAAUAUUUGCUAUCGGAACGAGGAGUUCGUCUCGGGGUAGCGUCCUGGGCGGGUCUACACCUGCAAGAUGUUUCCAGACUCCUUUGUCCCUGAUAAAGCCCGUCCUCUCGCCCCGCGGCCGUACUUGAUCCCCAGUAUUUACCUUACUUGCGUGGUUGGCUCUCUGCUCCCACAAGGAAAGAUCCGUGCACUGUCUGUGACAGCUGUCUUGCUUUUCUUGAUUGCACAAGUUCCCAGAUAUACGACAGGGGUGUUGGCUCAGGAUGCCCUGAGUCCAAUCCAGGCAACAUUGGCUCUUCUUCACUGGCUGGAUUUCUUUGUUUUCCAUCCGCAAGAUGCCUGGGUCCGUACGAAAGAUGCUCAUGCUCCUCGGAAAAGCUUGUUGCAACGACUAGCAUGGAGCUGGGAUUUGAAUACAUCUAUGAGAGGGGUUGGCUGGAACUGGAGGGUGAACAAUGUGCCUAAUGGUCGACCAGCCGGGUUGGGAAAAUGGACUUUUGUUCGGCGCGAGCUCUCACAAGCAGUACUUUCCUGUCUCCUUUUUGAUGUCUCUCAGUAUCCACUCAGCGUGUCAGCCUACACAUCUGCUGAUCCACCUGACCUUUUCACGGAGAGGCUGCCUCGACAGCUUUUCUUUACCUGGUUACCAGCAGUCGGCAGCUGUCAGGCAUUGCUCAUGCAAUACUCCUUCUUCUCGGCUCUGACUGUUGCAGCUGGACUUUACAUCCCAGAGGAUUGGCCUCCAGUCAUGGGUGUGCUGUCCGACGUGUGUACCAUUCGUGAUCUUUGGGGAAAGUUCUGGCACCAGCUGAUUCGUCGGAAAUUGAAUAUCCCAUUCAGAGCUCUGAGGUCAUUCGUGCCGAUCCGAAAGGGUACCUUGGCGUCGAAGUACCUACAACUUUAUCUGGCAUUCAUCGCCUCAGGCUUGCUACAUCACCUAGGUGCUUUGAAUCUCCCUUCGAGUACUCGGGAGAAUAAUUGGAAUCAGCUCGUAUACUUCUUCAUGCAGCCAUUUGCAAUCACCGUUGAGGACAUUGUGAUCCACUUCGGUAAGAAGGCAGGUAUCCAAAGAUCAUGUAAGCGACUACCAUCGGGCAUUAGUAUCAGCAAGACACUGAUGAACGCGUCUUCUUGGGGAAAACAAGAGCGGUCGGAGGUUUGUGGACUUUCGCGUGGUUCUCAUUCUCUCUGCGAUAUAUGGUGGCAUUUCAUUUCAAUGCUCUCAUUUUUGAGAAACCUGUUGUGCCCAGCGCUAUUCGAGAGGUGUUGAACGUGAUGGGAAGUUCCGGAAAUUUGGACGUACGAGAGCUUUAGGCUUCUUAGAGGCCUUGUUAUUGACACUUCUCUUCUCAGGCUGACAUUGAUCGAAUAUAUUCUCUCUACUAAAUGUCUGUUGCGAUCGAGGGCUAAUUGUAUGGUAUUAGUACGUCUAAGGAGAGAAAGGAGAAAGAGAGUAUAGGGCUCUCCUAAUAUAGGUAACUAAGCUAGUGCACGUGACUUAUAAUAUCCCUUCUUCCUAUAAGCGUUCUCUCUAAGAACGAAAGUACUUUUUUAAAAAAAAGGAAAGAAAGAAAUAAUAUAAUAAUACUAUAUUUACUAAGUUAACUAUCCUGAUAGUCCUUAAUCC